UAGAGUGAUGUUGUGAGGAACAGUCGGUUAUUUAAAGUGUAUUCGGUUGACUUUAUUUUCAUUUUCGUUUUAUUAGUUACUACACUUUUAACUCCUUACAUGGAGACUCAUUGUUUGUCAUGAAACUCCGGCUGCAGUAUGACAGGAGAGCAUCUAAUGAGAUCAGAAGCGUCUUGACUCACAGUCAAUCAACUGUAAUGCUGAAAGAAUUAAUCUCCCAAGAUGGCACAGGUUCGUCAGUAUCUUUGCAACCUGGGCUAUUGACCAGAACGCCAGAGUCGGGAACGACCAAUACUCUCGAGGACACAGAUGUCCAAGUUUCAGUACACAGAACAUCAACAGGAGAAGAAAGCAACCCUGCUCCAUCUUCCCGCAGACUCAGAACCGGAGGCCACAGUCACUCCCACAGUUGUAGACGGUCUCAUACGCAUGCUGAGCCUGAGGCUGACCACUCAAACUCAGAUCUUGAAGGUGGAGAGUCCAAUGUGCCUUUUUCAGAAUUGCGGUAUCUCUUUUAUUGGUUGCAAAAAAGUUUCCCUUUCAUUGUGAUUCUUUGCGUGAAACUAAUUGUACAGCAUGCCCUGGGACUGGCUGUUGGAGUUGCUCUGUUUACAACAUUCUUGUAUGCAAAUAAAAGCAUCCAGACACAAGUUUUUCUUCAGGACCGGCGGUCAGUGCUCCAGUGUUUUUGGCUCUUGUCCUUUUUAACAGCCUCUGCCCUACUUCUGUAUUACACGUUUCAGAGGGAGUCCCUAUACUUUUGUCUCAUCCUCAUCUAUCCCCAUAUUGAGCCUGUGGAUUUCUGGAAGGUUUUAUGGGCUGUUGGGGUAACCAGUUUCAUUGUAAAGUUUCUCUUUAUGGGAUUUAAGUGCAUUAUACUACUUCUUCCAGCCCCGAUCAUGUUGUACAGAACACGGGGUCAGUGGUACAUGUUUAUAGAGGAGCUUGGACAGAUAUAUCAGAUACUUGCACCUGUGCCUCCUUGGUUUUACUAUCUGGUCAGCUCCCAGGAGGGAGACAGCGCCCUGGGAUUUACACUGGGCAUUCUGUUAGCCAUGCUUUAUGUCAUUGUGAAGCUUUUGGGACUUUAUACUCAGUGGGGAUCUCUGAAGAAAACAAUAUGGACUUUUCUCAGUAAUGAGAUGAAUGGAGUUCCUGCCACUCAGUCCCAGUGUAGUGAAGCUGGAGAGCUCUGUGUCAUCUGUCAAACUGAGUUUAAGCAUCCUCGGGUUCUACUGUGUCAGCAUGUUUUCUGUGAGGACUGCAUCGGACUGUGGCUCAAUCAGGAAAAGGCUUGCCCUCUUUGUCGUACCAUCAUAACAGAUAAAGUGCACAAAUGGAAAGAUGGUGCGACUUCACCUUAUUUACAAGUCUACUGAAGGUCAUAUCAUCUUACCUACACAUCUAAGGACGAUAAAUACAACAAAGAUGAAUAUGGAUCUGAAAAGCCAUAACAUGCUGUUCAUUUUCUUUUGGGAGUAAGGGCAUUUACCAUGCUUAUCAUUUAGGUGCACAUUUUCUAUGCUUGCUGUGCUAAAACAAACAAAAUGUUUAAGUUAAGCUCAUUUAGGCACUUGAAUUUACCUUUUGAAAAUUCUACACUUUAUAUACACAGUGGGUUUUGCAUAAUAUAUUUCCUCGAAAUAAUGAGACAAUGUAUUUGCAUUGAUUUAUCAUUGUACAUUAGUACAGUAUUACCUUUUCUUACUGUAUGUUUACCUUUUAUUAUGGUUAUAUACCCAGUCUGAUCCACAGUUAUUGACACCCCUGGUAAACAUGGGUAAAGAGUGAAUUUAGGUGAAUUAGCUUAAUAUUACAAUACAAUAAUGAAAAACAACCAACUUUAAUUGAUAAUUUAUUUCAAAUAAGGAAUAUAAAUCCCCAUAAAUCAGGAAGUCAUGGAUUAAAGUUUUUUUUUUGGUGGGGACACUAAUAACUGUGGUUUUGUUUAAAACUAUUUUCUAACUAGGGAUUCUCUGAAUACAUGUAUUUUAAUUGCAGGUUGGAUCUCUCCUCACUGUAGUGUUUUACUACAGAUAAAAGCUUUACUGGUGCUCUGCUUAACAAAAACCUGUUUUUUAUUGUUCAGCCUGACAAACCCAGAACUUAUAAAGAUUCAUUAAUAAAUGUUUUAUUUAAAAUGAUAAAAUCAAGCAAUUCAUUUAAAAAUUUUUGUGAAUCUUAAAACUAUUUUUGUACAUUAAAAUGAGAGUUGAAUAUCUUUGUAAUCUCUUUGAGCAAAUUAAAUAAAACAUUUAGACAAUU